AUGGCCAAGACAGCUCCGCGCACCGUGCUGAUCACUGGCUGCUCCUCGGGCAUCGGGCUGCGCAUGGCUGUGCAACUGGCCCAGGAUCCAAGCAAGCGAUUUCAUGUCAUCGCCACCAUGCGCGACCUGCGCAAGAAGGACAAGUUGGAGGCAGCUGCAGGGAACACACUCAACAAGACCCUCAGCAUCCAACGCCUCGAUGUCUGCAGUGAUGAAUCUGUGACUGAGUGCAUGAACAGCCUUCCUGAAAAACAGCUGGAUGUGUUGGUGAACAAUGCUGGUGUGGGGCUCGUUGGCCCUGUGGAGUCCAUUUCCAUUGAUGACAUGAAGCGUAUCUUCGAGACCAACUUUUUCGGUGCUGUCCGCAUGAUCAAAGCUGUUCUCCCAGGGAUGAAGCAGCGUCAGAAAGGGCACAUUGUGGUCAUCAGCAGUGUCAUGGGAUUACAAGGUGUCCCCUUCAAUGAUGUCUAUGCUGCCUCCAAGUUUGCCAUGGAAGGUUUCUGUGAAAGCCUAGCUGUGCAGCUCCUCAAAUUCAAUAUCUUUAUCUCUCUAAUUGAGCCCGGUCCAGUGAACACUGAAUUUGAAAUGAAAUUGAUGGAAGAAGUGGCACGCUCGGAAUUCCCUGGGGCAGACACUGCUACGGUGCGCUACUUCAAGGAGAUCUACCUACCAGCCUCGCACAAGAUAUUCACCACCAUGGGCCAGACCCCGGAGUCUGUGGCUAAGGCCGUGGUGAACGUGAUCGCUAAGGAGUGCCCACCAUUCCGGACACAAACAAACACACUCUACACCCCGCUGGUGGCCCUAAAGUACGCUGACACCUCGGGGGGACUGUCCGUCAGUACGUAUUACAACCUGCUUUUCCGAUUCACUGGCCUUUUCCACCUCAGCAUGAGCUUCCUCAAAUGUAUCACCUGCAGCUGCUGUCAACGCCGUGUCACUCCAUCCUAA